AUGACAAGACCAAAACUGAAGAUUGCUUGGAUCGAGGAUCGAAAGAAAAGAAACAUUGCUUGCCAGAAGAGGAUGAAAGGAUUGAUGAAAAUGGCUGAAGAACUAACCAUCUUGUCUGAUACGAAGGCUUGCUUGACCUUUUUCAACCGUGAUGAUGGUAAGCUGGUGGCGUGGCCAUCUCAGGAGGAGGCUGAAUCUCUCAUCGAUCGUUUUUACGCAUUACCGGAAAUCCAGAGGAACAUGUACGCGGAUGAUCAAGAGUCAUACAUCAAGACCAUUACCAAGAAGAUCGAGAAGAAACUAGAGCAUUCUCAGAAGGUGGUCGAGGAGUUGGAGAUGGAUCAUCUCAUGUUCCAAAUCCAAAAUGGUAGAAUGCUUGCUGACCUUUCUCAAACCGAGGUUGAGAAGUUAAUGUCAUAUGCAAGUAAGAAGAUCACGGUUUUGACGAGAGAGUUAGGUGCGGAACAUCCGUAUACAAGUGUCGACGAGCCAUUUCUUGGAGAUGAGAUCCCAAAGGCUACGGAUGUUGCACCUGAAGGUGACGAUGAGGAGUACAUGAAGGCCAAUGAAGGAGAGAGCAGCAAGUCUGGUGGUGCGGACAAUGCCUAA